UGUAAUUUAUACACCUGAUUAGGCUAUUUUUGCCACAUAUACUUAACCGGAACAACCGAUUUCCUAUUGAGGCAACGUCUUUGGCCUGCUUUGGCUUGCGUGCCGUGGCUGGCGGAACUCAAAUGGUGGCAAGACAUGCUGCUUUGGGGUUGAUUAGAAAAAUGACACCACACGCACACCACCGCCCCAUCCCUUAACCAGGCAAGAAGCUACCUUCCGAGCCCGCCAAGACACCACAUGGCACCGCCACAGAUGACAAACUGACAAUGGGCUCAGUCAUCGAAGACAUGUCGUGCCCGGCAAGCGGAUACGCCACCGGAGUUCGUUGCCAGCGGUAUCCAGGAGGCAAUGGGCGUGGCCGCUACCAGGGCAAAUGGCUGGGCGCCCAGCCCCAAGGUUACGGAGUGAGGAGGAGUGGACGCGGCUUGGUCUACGAAGGUCAGUGGCAUCUGGGCAAGAGGCAUGGCUACGGAACUCUGCGACGAGAGGAGCCAUCCGGAGGAGCGCUGCGCAUCUAUGUUGGCCACUGGCGGGAGGACAAGCGAAGCGGGGAGGGGAAACAGUUCUAUCCGGACGGAUCCGUGUACUUCGGCCAGUGGCUGGAGGACAAGCGAAGCGGUCACGGCAUUCUCUGGCAGGCUGACGGAGGCAUCUACAUCGGGGAGUGGCAGCUGGAUAGGUUUCAUGGACGUGGAGUUCUCUUUGCGGCCAACGGCAACCGAUAUGUGGGUCAGUUCGAGGAGGGUUGCAAGUCCGGAGCCGGGGUCUACUACCAUGGCAGAGAUGGUCAGAGAGUUCAGCGGGGAUUCUGGAGUGGCGACAUAUGUAGGUCAUCGCUAAUGCCCCUUCUACCGGGCUGAGACCAAGUCAGUUCAACACAUAAAUGGAUUAUAUUUGAGUGAGAAAUAAACGCAUUUAAAUAAAAGUUAAAAACCAAUUAAAAAAUA